AUGGCAGGAGGUGCAAUCAGGAACACAGGCAUGGGAAAUAGAUCAGGGUUAUAUGUGAGGCUGGUAGCAGUGAGUGUGUUACUGGGAGCUGAUAUGAACUGGCUGGGCCUGAAAGGCCAGGGUGGGGUCAAUGCUCAGAACACUGAGCGAAGGGUUUUGACACACAUCCCUGGUGACAUCAUCAUCGGAGCUCUGUUCUCCGUCCACCAUCAACCACCUGCAGACAAGGUCCAUGAGCGAAAGUGUGGUGCAGUGCGUGAGCAGUAUGGGAUCCAGAGAGUGGAGGCCAUGCUGCACACUCUGGAAAGAAUCAACGCAGACCCCGCUAUUCUCCCGAAUAUCACCCUGGGCUGCGAGAUCAGGGACUCAUGCUGGCACUCUGCAGUGGCGCUGGAGCAGAGCAUAGAGUUCAUUCGGGACACACUAGUGUCCAACGAAGAGGAGGAGAGCCAGGGCAAGUGUACUGCCGAGGCAGGGAGCCUGUUGCUGCAGGCGAAGAAGCCCAUUGUGGGACUGAUUGGACCAGGAUCCAGCUCUGUGGCCAUCCAGGUGCAAAAUCUCCUCCAGCUCUUCAACAUCCCACAGAUAGCUUACUCAGCCACCAGCAUGGAUCUGAGUGAUAAGAGCCUGUUUAAAUAUUUCAUGAGGGUGGUGCCAUCAGAUAUGCAACAGGCCAAAGCCAUGGUGGACAUUGUCAAGAAAUACAACUGGAGCUUUGUGUCCGCAAUACACACAGAGGGUAAUUAUGGUGAGAGUGGUAUGGAAGCAUUUAAAGACAUGGCAGCUAAGGAGGGGAUCUGCAUUGCCCACUCUGAUAAGAUAUACAGCAACGCUGGGGAACAGAGCUUUGAUAAGCUACUGGAGAAGCUACGAGCCCACUUGCCCAAAGCCAGGGUUGUGGCCUGUUUCUGUGAGGGCAUGACGGUCCGAGGCAUAUUGAUGGCCAUGAGACGACAGGGUCUGGUGGGAGAGUUUCUACUGGUUGGAAGUGAUGGCUGGGCGGACAGAUACGACGUGACAGAUGGCUACCAGAGGGAAGCAGCUGGUGGAAUCACAAUAAAGUUAAAGUCGGCGUAUGUGACUUGGUUCGACGAUUAUUACCUGAACCUAAAGCCUGACUCCAACCUGAGAAACCCUUGGUUUCCCGAGUUCUGGCAACAUCGCUUCCAGUGCAGGUUGACGGGGCAUCCGCAGGAGAGCAGCAUGUACAACCGCACCUGCACCUGGAGAGAGUCUCUGCGCCAUCAGUAUGCCCAAGACACCAAGAUGGGCUUCGUCAUAAAUGCCAUAUAUUCAAUGGCUUACGGCCUGCACGCCAUGCAGCAAUCCCUCUGUCCGGGAUAUAAGGGUUUGUGUGAAAGCAUGCGGCCCAUUGAUGGCCGCAAGCUGCUGGAGUUCCUGAUGAGAACCCAUUUUACUGGUGUGUCUGGGGAGACCAUCCACUUUGACCAGAAUGGAGACUCACCUGGCAGGUAUGAAAUCAUGAAUUUCAAGCGCACAGGCGAGGAUGAGUACGCUUACAUCCAUGUGGGAAGCUGGGACCAGGGUGGCCUAAAGAUGAACGAUGAGGAAAUCUGGAGUAACAACAGUGAAAUCAUCCAGUCAGUCUGCUCUGAGCCCUGCCUGAAGGCACAGAUUAAGGUGAUCCGCAAAGGAGAGGUGAGCUGCUGUUGGACUUGCACUCCCUGCAAGGACAACGAGUUUGUGUUUGAUGAGUACACUUGUCGAGCCUGUAUCCUUGGCUUCUGGCCCACUGAUGACCUCACUGGUUGUGAGCCAAUCCCUGUGCAGUAUGUGCGUUGGGGGGAUCCAGAGCCCAUUGCUGCAGUGGUCUUCUCCUGCCUGGGCCUCAUGGCUACACUUUUUGUUACUUCUGUCUUCAUCAAAUUUUGGGACACUCCAGUGGUCAAGUCAUCCAGUCGUGAGCUCUGCUACAUCAUCCUGGUUGGAAUAUGUCUGGGCUAUCUGUGCACCUUCAGCCUUAUCGCCAAGCCCCACAUAGUCUACUGCUACCUCCAGCGGCUGGGAAUCGGCCUGUCUCCUGCCAUGAGCUACUCCGCGCUGGUCACCAAGACCAACCGUAUAGCAAGGAUCUUGGCAGGCAGCAAGAAGAAGAUCUGCACCAAGAAACCGCGCUUUAUGUCCGCCUGCGCACAAUUGGUCAUCGCCUUCCUACUCAUACUGAUGCAGUUUGGGAUUAUUGUGGCACUUUUUAUUAUAGAGCCACCAGAGGUUAUCUACGACUACCCCAGUAUCCGUGAGGUGCACUUGAUCUGCAAUCUGACCACUCUGGGGGUGGUGGCGCCGCUGGGCUACAAUGGCCUGCUUAUCCUGAGCUGCACCUUCUACGCCUUCAAGACUCGAAAUGUUCCGGCUAAUUUUAAUGAGGCCAAGUAUAUUGCCUUUACCAUGUACACCACGUGCAUCAUCUGGCUGGCCUUUGUUCCUAUUUACUUUGGCUCCAACUACAAGAUUAUAACCAUGUGCUUUAGUGUCAGCCUCAGUGCCACCGUGGCUCUCUGUUGCAUGUUUGUCCCAAAGGUGUACAUCAUGCUCGCCAAGCCUGAGAAGAAUGUCCGGAGUGCUUUCACAACAUCCACGGUGGUGCGCAUGCAUGUAGGUGAUGCCAAGAAAGUGACCAAGACUGUCAAAUCUUCUAGCAGCAUGGCCAACUUGUUUCGACGCCGUGGUUCUGGGCAGGACAACGUCAGUUCCAAUGGGAAAUCAGUGACAUGGGCGCAGAAUGAGCACAGCUACAGACCAAACAUAUGGAAGAGGAUGUCAUUCCAUGUCAAGAAAAAGGAAAUAGUCGAGACAAACCAGACAGCCAUCAUCAAGCCUUUCUCUGAAGGCGGAGAUGCACCUGUGGAUACAGGUGUCAAGGAGCAGUUUGAAGAGCAACAGGUGUCUCAGCCCUUCAGCUGCUCCCCCUCUCAAUCACCAAGGGCUUUCCAGGGAGGAGAGGAUGGAGAGGCUGGACAAGUCUUACCCACCUACGUAAUUGAGCAUCCAGCUGGGGUCAGGAGAAGAGGUGGGGACAACAGCCAGGGUGUUGAUAUGGUCGAUGGUGGGGACAUUAGUGUCAUAGGCGUGGGUGACAUCGGCAUAGGGAUGAUUGGUGCCCAGGCUCAGGGCACCACUAUCAUGGACCAAAUUAGCUGUGUGGUUAACCGUUUCACUGCCAACAUCAGCGAGCUAAACACCAUGAUGCUGCCAGGAGGAGUUCCAGCCAACCCCUCAUCAACCACCGCUGUGCCUGCAGCUGCAGAUGCCACCCCCUGCCCACCUCAGUACCUCACAUCCAGAAGCAGGCAGGCCGCCUCCACUGUCACCACAUAUGCCGAGGUCGCAGUCGUCUCCAAUCUCUGCGAGAAUCGACCAGCAGGUAAGAUUUAUGAGCACCUGGCCGCGUCGUGCGUAAGUAGCAGGCGAGCCAAGGAUAUGGAGGAGCUGGUUGCUCUGACACCUCCCUCCCCGUUUAGAGACUCAUCUCUGAGCUCCAGCGGCAGCUCACCCCCCUCGCUGUCUCCAGCCUCUGAGGCUGAGUAUGACCAGCUGCUGCUGAGACACUACUGCCAGAGCUCGUCUUCUCUCUAA